CCAGACCACCACUGCCGACUGCUGUCGAUCGAUCGAUCUCUCUCUGUUCUUGUUCCAGCCACGAUCCGUGAUCCGUGAACGUUCCACCCACUCAAACACCCUCAACCACACACAGAACCGCAAGCAUGUCGAAGAAGGCUGGCGACGUGUCCAUCUUUCGGGUCCCUCCCUUCCACUACCUCCAUGUCCUGGAUCAGACCAGCAACGUCACGCGGGUUGUGACUGGCCCAGUGACGUUUAUCCGCCAGGAGAAUGAGGUGGUGCUGCUUGGGCCGGAGAAGAUGAUCACCAUCCCUCCGCGCCACUACUGCAUUGUGAAGAACCCCGUGCUGCGCGACGACGACACGGGCGAGAUUGUGGUGGACGAGCUCUCCAAGCAGGUCAAGCUGCGUCACUCCGAGCUGGAGGUGCGCCGCACCACGGAGCCCUUCCCGCUGUACCCUGGCGAGGAGCUGCACAUGCCCGUCACCCCGCUCACCGUCGUGCCCGCAGACAGUGCGCUGCACAUCCAGGCCAUCCUCGACUUUUCCGACGACGACGGCAACCGCCGCAUCGCCGGCGACGAGUGGCUCUUUGAGGGGCCCGGCACCUACAUCCCGCGCGUGGAGGAGAAGGUGGUCAAGCUGGUGCACGCCGUCGUGGUGCUGCCCAACCAGGCCCUGCGCCUGUGCGCCCUCAAGGAGACGCGCGACCGCGACGGGAACAUGCGCGUGACCGGCGAGGAGUGGAUGGUGGACCGCGUCGGCGCCUACCUCCCCGGCGUCUACGAGAAGGUCGUGGACACGGUCAACAGCUUUGUGCUCACGGACAAGAACGCGCUGCACCUGCGCGCCACCCGCUCCUUCAAGGACCGCUUUGGCAAGGAGCGCAAGACGGGCGAGGAGUGGCUCAUCACCCUCACAGAGGCCGAGUGCUACAUCCCGGGCGUGUACGAGGAGGUGGUGGCGGACGUGGACAUCACCACCCUCUCCAACCGCCAGUACGCCGUCAUCCUCAACCCGGUCGACGCCCACGGCCGCCAGCAGCUGGGCUCCAAGAAGCUGGUCAAGGGGCCCAACUCGUUCUUCCUGCAGCCGGGCGAGAUGCUCGAGGCCGGCGUGCAGGACGUGUACAUCCUGGGCGAGGACGAGGGCCUCAUCCUCCGCUCCACAGAGACCUUCACGGACACGUACGAGGGCAAGGAGGUGCAGCGGCUGCCUGGCGACCGCUGGAUGAUCCGCGGCCCCGCAGAGUACGUCCCGCCUGUGCAGGUGGAGGUGGUGCAGAAGCGCGAGGCCAUCCCGCUCGACGACAACGAGGGCAUCUACGUGCGCGACACCAAGACGGGUAAGGUGCGCGCCGUCAUUGGGCAGACGUACAUGCUGACGCAGGACGAGGAGCUCUACCACAAGGAGCUGCCCCAGAACGUGGAGGAGCUGCUUGCCAGCCAGCGCGACCCGCUCGCCGACCGCAGCUCCCGCAAGGCCGGGGGCGCCCCCGCGGGCCCACGCGACAAGACGCGCGUCAUCUCCUUCCGCGUGCCGCACAACGCCGCCGUGCAGGUGUACGACUACAAGGAGAAGCAGGCGCGCGUGUCCUUUGGCCCAGACCUGGUCAUGCUGGGGCCCGACGAGCAGUUUACCGUCAUCAGCCUCUCUGGCGGCAAGCCCAAGCGGCCAAACCAGAUUCGCUCGCUCUGCCUCCUGCUGGGCCCAGACUUUUGCACGGACAUUGUGCAGAUUGAGACGGCCGACCACGCGCGCCUGCACCUGCAGGUGUCGUACAACUGGGAGUUUGAGGUGGACAAGACCAGCGCCGAGGACGCCGCGCGCCUGUUUGCCGUGCCGGACUUUGUCGGCGACAUGUGCAAGGCCGUGGCCUCGCGCAUCCGCGGCGCCGUGGCCCAGGUGCAGUUUGACGACUUCCACAAGAACUCGGCCCGCAUCAUCCGCGCGUCGGUGUUUGGCACAGACGACCAGAAGCGCGUGCGGCAGCGGUUUGUGUUUCCGGCCAACGGCCUGAGCAUCACCAACAUCGACAUUCAGUCGGCAGAGCCCGUGGACCAGCGCACGCGUGACGCGCUGCAGAAGUCUGUGCAGCUUGCGAUUGAGAUUACAACGGCGUCACAGGAGGCCACUGCCCGGCACGAGGCCGAGCGGCGCGAGCAGGCGGCCAAGGGCGCGCUGGAGCGGCAGAAGAUUGAGGACGAGGCCGCCGCAGAGGAGGCGAAGAAGUCGCUGCUGGAGCUGCAGGCGCAGAGCGCAGCUGUGGAGAGCACCGGUCAGGCCAAGGCCGAGGCGCAGUCGCGUGCAGAGGCCGCGCGCAUCGAGGGCGAGGCAGCCGUGGACCAGGCCCGGCUCAAGUCUGAGGCAAUGAACAUUGAGAGCGAGGGCGAUUUGGACCGCCUGCAGAAGGCGCGCGAGGCGGAGCUCGACUUUAUCCGCAAGCAGAACGACCUGGAGCUGGAGAAGCAGCAGCGCAUGAACGAGCUGGAGAUUGAGAAGUUCCAGAAGAUGGUGUCGGCCAUCACCCCGCAGGCGCUGUGCGAAAUGGCACGUGCUGGGCCCGAGAUGCAGGCCAAGCUGCUGGGCGGCCUGGGCAUCUCCUCCACGCUCAUCACAGAUGGCUCCUCCCCGAUCAACCUCUUCAACGCCGCAUCUGGUCUCAUUGGCAUUGACCAGGGCAAGCAGCAGCAGCAGCGCAAGUGAGGCGGUGUGGUGUGUUUGUGAUUGUGUAUGUGUGUGUGUUGCGUGUGUUGCCUUUUGUGUUUUGUGUGCAUAGUCCAUGUGUCCGUACUCUUGUGUCCAACCGCACUCUUGUUUUCUUUUGUCUCUUCUGCUUGCUUUCCUUUUUUGUGUGAUGUUCCGAACAAGCGCGUGCGUUCACAAGCGCUCAAUGACCAAAACCUUACGCCUCUCUCCAAAGGAGCAAUAAACAUGUAUGCUGCUCAUGCCAUCAUCGACGAUAUCAACACGAAAAAAACUAGCAACUCGCAAAC